AGUUCAGCUUCUAUCCUUUAACAUUUCAACAUUCUUUGUCUAAGUAUUUUUUAUUAUUUUUCUAUCUGAAAUAUCUGUGAAUAAUCUCAUAGUUCGCAAGACAGUUUUGUGAUUCGGUGGAAUCGAAAGAUUACCAGGAAAAUUCAAUCAGCUUCUUAAGGAAUCAUUUAUAAUGAAUUUUUAAUCAUCAUCGUCUAAAAGACGUUCGAUUUGGAAUUAUUACAUUUGGCUACGAUUUAAAAAAUAAUGUGUUUGUAUUCCAAAGGAGUCAAAACGGCUAUAGUACAUAGUACAUGUAUGAUGAGCGAUAAAAAUGAUAUGGUUUUUCGAAUGAUCGAUUGAAAGAGGAGUUGAUAUAUAUAAAUUUUCGCUAGUGAAAGCUUAGCCACAUGGAUACCAAUUACAGAGCAAAUAUCGGCAAGUGGUUGCCACUUCCAGGCGACGUUCUUGAGAAAUGGUUUGUCAACUCGUCCAUGGUUACAGAGAGCAUAGACAAUCUUGUUAAAUCCAUAGCCUUAAUUAUCCAGGACAUCACAGAUUCACAGAUUUGUGAACUCGAGGCAUAUAAGAGAGUUGCAAACGAUCUAGAAGAGAUAACGAAAGGGUACAAAUCAAUCAGUACGACGAGCCUUAGUACACAUCCGAUUUACAAGUAUAAGAUGCGUCAUUUCUUAAUGAUAUUAAAACGAAAAUUGAACGUACUCGUAAGGUUCACUCGCAAUUUGAUAAACGAAAUCGUCGAUUGUAAGAGUGACGAGCUGCUUAGGAUUAUUUUUAGGUUGGUGAAUAUUUAUAACGAUAUAUUAGACAUGGAUAUCGACGUUUCUGGUCCUUUAACAAACGUAUUCUGUAAUGAUUGUCCUUAUAUACUGGAACCAAUGAAGAAGAUAUCUGUUACUCGAAUAUUGCAGGUGCUGGCCAAAAAUAGGGCGGAAGAAUCUUGUCACGAACUCAUUGACUGCCUUUUAGCAAAUUACAAGCCCCGCGAGAAAACCGAUCCCAUUACGACAAUAUCUGGCGACGCCGACGUUUCCGAAAAUUCGAGUAUCGAGAUUUAUCGAGCACUUACGAGACACUUAACGCCGCCGAUCGAAAGUUCCACGUCGAGAACGGAGUUGGAGGUAUCAAAUAUUGAGAGCAUUCAGACAUUAGUCAAUACUCAAAAUGAACAGGUACUAAGGCUGUUAAACGUCGUGCAAGAUGUUUCACCGAAAUUAUUUGGCACUGAUGCGUUAAAAACUAGCAAAGGCGAGACAAGAUUGAGAAGCAGUGCGAUAAAGAAGGUGAAGAAUUAUUAUCAAGAAGUUGCGUGGGGCGCUCUAUCAGGUAUUCUGGAUCACAUAGUUCUCUGGUGGUCUUCGGAGGCUCUGGCUACUCGUCAUAAUCAUGGAGCACAGCAGCUUAAAGACUGGCUUAGUCAAUUCAUCCAGAAGAAUCAUGUACCACAGUCGGUAAGACCAGCAUUACAGAAUCUUUGUGAUGCACUUGGUUACCACGCCACGAUUACAGAAUGGGAUCAGUUCUUUAGACUGGCUUAUACAUCAGCUUUUAAAUGUCAGUCGAAAGCUUCCUUCACGGAGGUGUCUGACACGGGCCAAAUGUUCGUAGAAUUGUUCCAACUGCUCGUUAGGUUGAGCAACGAAUGCGAGGCAGGCGGUGAAUGGGUGAUAGGAGCACCAUUGAUAGAGUUACCACUAUCGGAACAGAUCGUCAUCCUCCAUCGAUUAGAUCAUUCGGUACAUACAGCGAGACUAUGGAUUGUACAGGAGGCGAAAAUCAUAGCUCAUACGUGGGAACUGGACGUGUUCUUUCUUUUGGUAAAAGGUGACAUAGUGAACUGUCUCGAAGAACUUUCAUAUUUAAAGCUGGCUGAUCAUACGAGUACAUUGUCAAUGGAUUCUGUGAGUGUUCAGGUAUAUGUUUGCGCGAAAAUGAGAGCGAAAAUCGUGUCUGAAGUAAAUGUCAACAUAGAUUUACUCCAGAAGUGUUCCGGAAAGUGUGUAGAAAUUCUGGCAAAAAUCUGCCGCGUGGUCAGCCUAGCGAAUCUGCACAUGUGUUUUCCACGUUCAAGUUACUGGAGGAAAGGGAGCGACGUUGCUCCAGUGACUGCUAGUCUUUACGUGGAGUCUUAUUUCGAGAAAGUAUUGCUUCCGGUGUUGGAAGUUAUUGAAGACCCCGAGACGUCGAAUAUGAUUUUGAAAAUUAUGUGCGAGGCAUGGCUGGAUUACAUCUAUCUGCACCGUGUUAAAUUUAGCGAAUAUGGUGCGUUACAAUUGCUUACGGACUUCGCGUACGUAUCGAAGUGGGUGACAAAUUGUCCGAUUAUUUCUCAGAAUGUACGAGAUCAUCUUUUGAAAAACGAAGUGCUGCGACGAUGUGAAGGAGUGGGUCGAUUGCUCCUUCGACAUCCUGGCGAGGCUAUUUCUAUGCGUAAAAGACUCACCAGAAGAACAAACGAGCGUGGAUCGCCCGAAUCCCCGGGAUUGGAACGCAUGCCAGCGGAAAUGUACGUCCCCAACCAAGAACAAUGGCUGGAGCUUCGCGCCUCGAAAAGAUACAACUUUUGUUGCACCGAAUGACCAAAACAUUUCAACGUAUUUAUUAUAUGAAAAUAAUCAUAAGAUUUUAAUAUUUAGACCCAGGUUACUCGUUUCCAAACCAACUAUACUAUAAUAAUAUAAUAACUAAUCAACUAAAUCAACUUGCUAUAAUCUUUAUUAAAU